UCUUUCUUCUUCUGCUGUUCUUUACUAAGAUUUGGUUUGUGUGUUUGAUGAAAUUCCUACACUAAUUAAAUCAUCAUUUUUUUUUCAAUUAUUGCAGGAAUGCAGCGAACAGAAAACAUGCAUAGAAAAAGCAAGUGCUUCUUCAUUUUACCGUUCCGUAUACUCAGAGAUAGAAGAGAUUGGAUGGGAGCAUCUAGUUAGUAUGGCUGGAGAUCUAAUGUCCCUUAGCUUUCGCGUUUUAUUUUAAUUGAUGCAAAUUACUUGAUAUUUAGUGGGCCAAGAGCUCAACAUAUUGUUUAUUCAGAAGAAGACAGUGAAAAUCUUGAUAAGAUUGUUGGGAAAUGUAUUCUUCUAAAUUGGUGAAAAUCUGAAGAAUAGGUUUUAAAGGGUUUUCUAAUUUCUAACUUGGAAAUUUUUUCCUAAUGACUCUCUUUGCUUUUAUUAUUAUUAUGGAGUAUCUUCCCUGCUAUGCAUUGAUAUUUUACUUGUAUGGAAGUUUACCUUAUUUUUAGUGGAUUAACCUUUGUAUAUCUGAGUAGCAGAGAUAAGAAGGGACGAGUGCACAUUCUGGAAGUUCAGUUGGAUGAGACCCAUCCAAGACAUCCACCUUCAGUUUCUGCGGAUGUACCAUAUAUAUUCAGUGUUCGAUGGUCAAUGAACUCAAGAUUGAAAGAUUUGAUGCAACAGUUCCAUGAGCAUUUGGAGAAGCUUCAGGAAUUUUGGUCUACCUUGGAGGAUAUUGAUAAUUCCCUUUGUGUAGUUGAUAUUCACAAGUCAUCUCAUGCAAUUUCAUUUCGCCAAAUUGAUAUAGGAAAUGACUGUUUUAUAAUGUUGUUUAUAAAUACCAAAGAUCCUAGAUCUUUACCAGAGUGUCGCUUUUUGGGUUCAGGUCCAGUUGCGCAUUCUUUGAGAAAGCGAUGGCAAAGAAAUUGCAAGCAAUGGAUGCAGGACAAAACAUUUCUUGAAAAUCUCCUGUCCAUUCUAGAGACUGAACUACCGAAGCCCCCAGAUGUCCAGAAGAAUGAUCAGCAAAUAGAAUGUGGCAUUUGUUAUGCCCAGUAUCUGCCAAUUGAUGAUGAGCUUGGACCUCGGAGUGGGACUGGUACUGACUACACAUGUGAUAACAGCAAUUGCAAUAGGGCAUUCCAUAGCAUUUGUCUUGGGGACUGGCUGCGCUCUAUUACAACAACAAGGCAAUCAUAUAAUGUUCUGUUUGGGAAUUGUCCCUACUGCUCAGAGCCAGUUGCAGUUAAAAUCAACUAUGCAAAGAACAUUCAUUGAAAAUGACAGGUAGGCUAUCUUGGUUGAAUCAUUAUGGCGCGAACUCUACCAUGUUUUCCCUUCUUCGUUAAACUGGCAGAUAUAGCCAAGUGCAACCAGUUUACCACUUUAUGAUUUAUUGAAUUUGGCUACAGUUUGAAAGGAUGGUCCCCUACUUUGGACAGCUGGGUCCAACCACUGUUGAGGGCAAUGGUGGAGGGUCCCCUUUUAUGUGUUUUUGUUAGAAUAUCUCGUUCAAGUUUUACGACUGUUAAUAAUUGGACAAGGCUAGAGAAAGGAAGGAAUCACUGUUUUAUA